AAUUUAUUUCCCCAAAAAUAAGAAAGGCAUAAAUGAAUGACGACAUCUCUUUUCCUGAGAGAAGUAGUAUUAAUAAAUGACAGGGCCAGAGCGUGGGCCCUACAGGUGGAUCGUGCAACGUGCCGCGAUACCAAACUUGGCUUGGCUCCUUCGAUUUCUCGCGAUACAAUUAUCCCUUUCAUUUCACUCUACAGAUACAGUUCUUCUCCUCCAGGCUCCAACACAGAACCUCUUCGUCUCUUUUGCUUUGUUUUAUGCACUCAAUAAUUAAUUACCCACUUCCUCUCCAUCACUUCCAUUCUCACGACCAUAACCAUGGCGGAUGACGAGCCCGUGCUCUACUUGCAUGGAGAUCUACAACUGCACGUUAUCGAGGCCCGCUCCCUCCCCAACAUGGACAUCAUAUCCGAGCGCCUGCGCCGAUGCUUCACUGGCUGCGGCGCGUGCCAUCCCACCGCCGACGGAGACCGCGAUGCAAGCGGCGGCGGGAGCACCGGCCACAGAAAGCUCCGCCAUCACCGUAAGAUCAUCACCAGCGACCCCUACGUCACUAUCUCCGCCCCCCAGGCCACCCUGGCCCGCACGCGCGUGCUCUCCAACUCCCAGAACCCUAGGUGGGACGAGCAGUUUCAUAUCGCCUUGGCUCAUCCCAUGGCCUUUCUGGAUAUCCGCGUCAAGGAUAAUGAUGUUUUUGGGGCCGACACCGUAGGGAAGGUCUUGAUUUCCGCCGAGAAAAUUGCCUCCGGUCAGGAGAUCUCCGGUUGGUUCCCUAUAAUUUCUUCCACGGGGAAGCCCCCCAAACCGGACACGGCCUUGCACCUUCAGAUGAAAUUUAUUCCCUGCGACAAGAACCCACUGUACAGCCAUGGCAUUGCGGGCGACCAAUUGCAUAGAGGGGUAGGGCACACUUAUUUUCCCCUUAGGAAAGGGAGCUCCGUGACACUGUACCAGGACGCACAUAUCAGGAAUGAGGACAAAUUGCCCCGAAUUGAGUUAGAUAAUGGGCUAGUUCGCGAGCAUGCUCGGUGUUGGGAGGACAUUUGCCACGCCAUAGCUGAGGCACAUCAUUUGGUAUACAUUGUGGGCUGGUCCGUGUUUCAUAAGAUUAAGCUGAUUAGGGAACCCACGAGGCCUCUGCCUCGAGGAGGGGACCUGACUCUUGGAGAAUUACUCAAGUAUAAGUCUCAGGAAGGGGUUCGAGUUCUGCUCUUGGUUUGGGAUGAUAAAACUUCGCACGAUAAGUUCUUCCUUAACACAUUCCAUGGUCCUGCUAGGAUUGCACAUGAAAAGAAUUAUUGCGACGGAAUAUAUGACUUCUCAACACUGGGUGGAGUGAUGAAAACACACGAUGAAGAGACCAAAAAGUUUUUUCGGCAUUCAUCUGUUAUAUGCGUUCUUUCACCACGUUAUGCGAGCAAUAAACUUAGCUAUAUGAAACAGCAGGUUGUUGGAAAUCUUUUUACGCACCAUCAGAAGUGUGUUCUUGUGGACACACAAGCAUAUGGCAAUAACCGAAAGAUUACUGCUUUUUUAGGUGGUCUCGAUCUGUGUGAUGGUCGUUAUGAUACACCUGAACAUCGACUAUUCCAUGAUCUUGAAACUGUUUUCAAGGACGAUUUUCAUCAGCCAACAUUUCCAGAAGGAACAAAAGCACCAAGGCAGCCAUGGCACGAUUUGCACUGCCGAAUUGAUGGGCCUGCUGCAUAUGAUGUUCUUAUAAACUUUGCUCAACGUUGGCGGAAAACAACCAAGUGGAGAGAAUUUAGUUUACUUAAGAAAAAGAUGUCCCAUUGGCAUGAUGAUUCCAUGAUAAAAAUUGAGCGUAUUUCAUGGAUACUGAGUCCUGCCCUCUCUCUUUCUAAGGAUGGAACUUAUAGACCUUGCCUGGAGGAUGAUCCUAAACUACAUAUAGUCAGAGAGGAUGACCCAGAGAACUGGCAUGUGCAGAUCUUCCGGUCCAUUGAUUCAGGUUCAGUCAGAGGCUUCCCAAAAUUCUAUGAUGAAGCUCAAGCUCAGAACCUUGUCUGUUCCAAAGACCUGGUGAUAGAUAGGAGCAUUCAAACAGCAUAUAUUAAGGCAAUAAGAUCUGCCCAGCAUUUUAUCUACAUUGAAAAUCAAUACUUUCUUGGCUCUUCAUAUGCUUGGCCAGCAUACAAAGAUGCAGGAGCUGAUCAUCUGAUUCCAAUGGAGUUGGCAAUGAAAAUUGCAAGUAAAAUAAGAGCUAAAGAGAGAUUUUCUGUGUAUGUCGUUAUACCAAUGUGGCCUGAGGGUAAUCCGAAAGAUAAUGUUAUGCAAGAAAUUCUUUUUUGGCAGAGCCAAACAAUUCAGAUGAUGUAUCAAAUAAUCGCUAAGGAGAUAAAACACAUGCAACUUCUGGAUGCACAUCCACUAGACUAUUUGAAUUUCUUUUGUCUUGGCAACCGGGAGCCGAUCACAGGUACUGCUGCUGAGUCUGCGAAUGGCGAUAAGGUUUCGAAUUCACAGAAGUUUCAGCGUUUCAUGAUAUAUGUGCAUGCCAAAGGAAUGAUAGUGGAUGAUGAGUACGUAAUAAUAGGGUCAGCAAAUAUAAAUCAAAGGUCAAUGGCCGGCACGAAAGACACGGAGAUAGCCAUGGGAGCAUAUCAGCCCCAUCAUACUUGGCAAAAGAAGCAGCAACGUCCACGUGGCCAGGUUUAUGGAUAUAGAAUGUCCCUCUGGGCCGAACACCUUGGAACUGUCGAGAAAUGUUUCAAUGAACCAGAGACACUCGAUUGUGUGAGGAGAGUGAAUGAAGUUGGUGAAGAAAACUGGAAAAGGUAUGCUAGCGAUGAUUUGACGCUAUUGCAAGGCCAUAUUCUCAAGUAUCCUAUGGCAGUCGAUGUCGAAGGGAACGUGAGUUCCUUGCCAGGACAUGAGAACUUUCCGGAUUUGGGGGGCAGAGUUCUCGGGACUCAUUCAACUACUAUACCUGAUGUCUUGACCACAUGACAUUUGACCCCACCAUGAUUGUAGUUUCAUUUUUUUUUUUCUUUUUUUCUUUUCCCCCCAUCAUUUCUCUCUUGAUCUCUCUUAAAUAAGAGUUUGAAUGUUGUAUUUUGCACUCCUGUUGAUUCACUGUGUACAAGUUGUGCUUGAUGUAUGAACGUAGGGGACUAGUGAAAGAAAGUGGCGUGAAUGAAGUCUGGGAUUGUUGUCAUUUUGUGAUGCACCAUGUUGAGCUCCGAACAAGAUUGCAUGUCAUUUGUAUAAUAUCCCUUGUGUGAAUAUCCUAUGGAGAAUUUCAUCAUUGCCUUUGUGUAAUUUAUAUAUUUUAUUUUAUAUAAAGAUCAGAGCAUCACGUAUGCAAUUAUCCAUAUGCAUUCAAAU